AGCCUGUUUUUGUAGUUCAGAGUUUCACCUGUUUUUCUCUCUGACUCAUGAGGAAACUCUGCCAGUUUAACGGGAAACAAUACAAUCUUACAAUCUCGUGCGUUUCACGGCCUUCGGACUCCGUUCAUUCCACGCGUGGCUCAAAGGGUUUGCGGUUCACCGGAUAAUUUUCAGUUAGGAUUAAUACCUGUUAAAGAGUGUAUGAAAAAAAACACAAAAUGGAGCGCGUGCUCUCCGUGGUCGAGUCCGUUUAAUAAUCAUUUUCUUUUGUUGGUGUAUAAUCGCAUUGGUCCGUGAUUUCGGGUAAACAUGUCGGUCCAACUGUCGGACGUGUGGCAGCGCAUGGUUACGUGCUGCCUCACGGUGUGCCCAUGUUAUCAGAAGAAACCUGCUCAACCCCGCGACAACCACACAGCUAAGUCGGAGGAUCCGGUGUCGCGCGCAUUGCCCCCUUUACCCUCUCCGCCUUCUGCGCGCGUGUAUACCGCACUGUGGGAUUACACCGCGCGCACCACCGAGGACCUGAGCUUCCGUGCCGGGGAUCAGCUCGAGGUUGUAGAUCAGACCAGUCCGGACUGGUGGGUCGCUCGAGCGCUGACCGGAAUUACCACCGACACACAGGGCUACAUACCGGCCAACUACGUGGCACCGCUCGAGAGCCUCCACGCAGAGCGGUGGUAUUUUCCUGAUACAAAGCGUCUGGAUGCAGAGAAGCUCCUUCAGGCUGAAGGAAAUGAACAAGGUUCAUUUCUCAUCCGAGAUUGUGAGAGUCAACAUGGGGAAUUAUCACUGUCAGUGUUGGAUCAGGGCAGGGUGAAGCACUAUAAGAUUAAGCGGUCAGACAGUGGGCAGUACUAUGUGUCGAAGAGGAGGAGCUUCAUCACACUGAAGGAGCUGGUGGAACAUUACAGCACAUCAGAAGACGGCCUGUGUGUCCGACUCACACAACCCUGUAGGAAGGCUAUAGCACCACAGACUCAUGGUCUGUCCUAUAACACAGUUGAUCAGUGGGAAAUUCCACGCAGCUCAAUCCGCCUGCUGCGUAAACUGGGAAGCGGACAGUUUGGAGAAGUUUACGAAGGAUUGUGGAACAGAACAACUGCUGUAGCUGUGAAAACACUACGGCCAGGAGGUAUGGAUUCUCAGGAUUUCCUCCGUGAAGCUCAGAUCAUGAAGAAGCUGCGUCACCCGAAGCUGAUCCAGCUGUAUGCAGUGUGUACUGUUGGAGAACCCAUCUACAUAAUCACAGAACUGAUGAACCACGGCAGCUUAUUAGAAUACCUUCAGAAAGACAGAGGAGAGUUUGUGGGGAUGAGUGAUCAGGUGGAGAUGGGAGCUCAGGUGGCAGCAGGAAUGGCGUAUCUGGAGCUGCAGAACUACAUCCACAGAGACCUCGCUGCCCGAAACGUCCUGGUGGGAGACAACAACAUCUGUAAAGUGGCAGAUUUCGGCUUGGCCAGAGUCUUCAAAUCAGAGGGUGAUAGUGUUUAUGAUGAUGAGGAUACAGAUGAAGAGCGUGUGUAUGAGGUGAGACAGGGAACUAAACUGCCUGUGAAGUGGACGGCUCCUGAAGCGCUGCACGAUAACAAGUUCACCAUUAAAUCUGACGUGUGGAGUUUUGGAAUCCUCCUCUAUGAAAUCAUGACCUUUGGACAAAUGCCAUACCCCACUCUCACUAAUCAGCAGGUGGUGCAGAGGCUACGUACGAGUUACCGGAUGCCGUGUCCUGCAAACUGUCCGAAGCACCUAUAUGACAUCAUGACUGAGUGCUGGAAGGACACGCCCCCAGACCGGCCCACCUUCGAAACUCUGCAGUGGAAACUCGAGGAGUUUUACGAUGUGGACAUUAGCGCGUAUGAUGACGCCAGCCGUUACUGAUCAUAUAUUUACCACCAUCUUUAAUUACCCAUGAUUCUCACCUCUGUAGUUCACUGCAGCUACACACUACCACAGUGUGGGGCAAAUGAACAGGGUUCUUUUGGUCAGUGGAUGAGCAGGUAAAAAAAAACCCAUGAAACUGUGCAGUUAUUAGAACCACACAGGAGGAGCUUUCCCAGCCAAUCAGAGUGAAUGGGCGGAGCUAACUGCCCUGCCCAUAGAUUGGAUUAAUGAUCAAAUCAGUGACGUUUCUUUAUGACACGAUGAUUUAAUCUUUGGACUCAUUACAUAUGUGAAUGUUCAUCAGACCUGACUUGAUAUUUUACUGCAUUUUUAUCUAACAGUAUGAUGAAUAAAUUUAACAUGAAGCCAAUAGUCUGUAUAAUGGACUUAAAUAUUCAUAAAGCAUAAUUUAUUAUUCCUCUGUGAUCAAAGAAUGUUAGAUUAAAAUAAAGAUAUAUAAUAAUAUAGAAUAAUAAA